GGUCGCGUCCCACUCCCACUCCCACCCGGCUCUCGUCGCGUCCUGUGGUAUGGCGCCGCAGCGGCCUCGGGCGCUCCUCCGACGACCGCUCCCCUCCUCGUAACCACCGUCCGUGCCGAUCCAAACCCCGCAGAGCACCACGGCCGCCACGGCAAGCCUAAAAGAGCAGCCUCUCCCUUCGACCCGGACAGUCAUGGCGGCCGCACUUCUCGCCGCCGCGCCCUCGCCUCUCCCGCCGGCAUCCUGGAGACGGAGGCCUCUCCUCGCGGCCCUGCCGCCCGCUCUCCGCUGCCUCAGGGCUCCAACCUCCGCUCCUCCCGGAACCCCGCCGCCUCCCCGCAGAGCUCUCGCUCCCGUCUCCAGAGCCGCGCGCGGAGCGGCGCUGGCGCGAGGCAGGGGUGAGGUGACGGGGAAGUCCGGCCAGGCGCCCCGCGAUUGGGGCGCGCUUGCGAGGAGGCUGGCGCUGGGCGCGCUCCUGGGCUCCGCCGCCCUGCUCGGCUGCCGCGGCGCGGCGCUCGCGGCGGCCGAGGACUCCAUCAAGGCGUCCGGGUUCGGGCUGCGGGUCGCGGCGUCGCUGCGGAGCCUCGGCUGGCCCGACGACGCCGUCGUGUUCACGCUGGCCACAUUGCCGGUGCUCGAGCUGCGGGGGGCGAUUCCGGCCGGGUAUUGGAUGCGCCUUCACCCCGUCCGGCUGACCGUCCUCGCAGUUUUGGGGUAUAUAUUUCUUAUCUCAGUGUCAAUGCUUCAUUUACUAGAUUUAGUGUCAGUUCCUCAAGGUGUUCGACAGUUUUUUUAACUAAUGAUGAAGUGGAUUGACUCUGUA